GCCUCGAACAUCAACAACUCUCGCGCUUUAGUCGAUUCCAGCUCGAUUUUGACCCCCAAUUUCACCAAUCCCCAUGUCCUGAAUCUCUCGCAGCAAUGGCCCAGGAAAUGGAGACCUUUGCAGCUCGCCUCGCCAGUUUCGAUCGGGUGUUGUAUCCCGAGAAACGGAGGUCAUCCAGCGCGAAGUCUGCGAAACCGAUCGCUUGGCCGCAUAGCCGGCCGUCUCCCGCUGAGCUUGCGCAUGCAGGUUUCUUCUAUAACCCUUACGAAACAAACCCCGAUAACACAACAUGUUUCCUGUGCCGCAGAGCACUAGAUGGUUGGGAGGAAGACGACAACCCCAUUACAGAGCAUCUCAAGCACACGCGGGAUUGUGGCUGGGCCAUCAUGAUGGACAUUCAACAGCACAGCUCCAAUCCUGCGGAGAUUGAAGAUCCCACAAGCGAGCGGAUAGCGCAAGCCAGGCAAGCCACAUUUGGCGAGUCAUGGCCACAUGACGGGAAGCGAGGCUGGUACUGCCAAUCCGAUAAGAUGGUCGAAGGUGGAUGGUACUUCUGUCCGAACGAGGAGAGCAACGACUUGGCCACCUGCCCGUAUUGUAAACUGUCUCUGGAUGGUUGGGAACCCAAGGAUGAUCCAUUUGAUGAACAUUACCGUCGCUCAUCAGAUUGCUCCUUCUUUGUCUUUGCCAAACCUUCUGGAAAGAAAGGAAAAAGCUCCCGGUCCAAAAAGUCUCGUGUUUCGAAGGCUUCCCGUCUAUCCACACAAUCCACCGCAUCGGAAGCGCCAGUGUCUGAGCUAGACGACCCAGUAGACCAGAGUACUCUGUCCCAAUCAACUACAAAAACGAAAUCCUCGAAGAAGUCAUCCAAAUCCAAAUCGAAGACAAAGUCAAAGAAGGAAGAGGUAGUGGACGCUGACAGUCAGAUGGAUAUCGAUACCACGGAUUACAGCCAGCCUGAACCCAAAAAGACGAAACGGACCCGGGGAAAAAAGAGAACUAGUGAUGAACUCAAUGACGAUGCCGAACUUGUCGACUCAGAGACGGUGGAAAAGCCUGAACGACCGGCCAAAAAGAGAGCUACCAAGUCACGCGACAGCACACAGCAGGAAUACGACAGCAGUCUGGAGGCCGUCAAGGAAGAUGUACAGGUAGACGACCCUCCUGUCGAAGAAGAGAAGCCAAAGAAGAGUCGUGGAACAAAGAAGAAAACGACAUCCAAAAGCCGGAAGGUCUCCACAGAUUCAGCCGUCUCGAGAGCCGCAUCGGAGAUCCCUCCCACCCAGGAGCAUGAUGCAGCAAUGGAUGUCGAUCAAGAUCUGGAGAAGCCUGAUGAAGGGCCAAGCGAGGAGCCUCAACCUAAGCCAUUGAAGAAGUCCAAGUCUAAAUCGAAAAAGAAGGCCAAGGCGGAUCCGGAGCCGUCGAAGGAAGUGGUAGAGCAGCGCACAGAACCAGAGUCGCAGGAGGAGAUGAUUCCAGAGCCCGAGAAAGCUCCAGAACCAGAACCGGAACCACCAGUCGAAGAGGUUCAGCAGACCCGCCGCACAAGCAGACGGCAGAGCGCAAGAGUCUCCGAUAAGCUUCGGCAAAGCAGCCAUGAUCAAGAGUCUCCCCAGCCCGUCACACAGCCAGAGCCUGAACCUACGACUGACGCUGGGGCCGACUCGCAGCAACAUGAGUCAUUCGUUUCUGUAGAAAUUCCAGCAAGGAACUCAGAGCAGGGCGUUGGUGCAGCUCAGAAGGACAAGGAAUCUAAGAAGACGAAGAAAAAGGCUUCGGCGGAGAAGCAGCGAGCUUCCAAACAGGCAGAGCAGAAGGUUGAUGUAGAACUUGACCACGAAGAAAGCCACGCCAAGGCUGUGAACAAGGCGACGGACGAGCCGAAACAACAGCCUGACACCCCGCAACAACUUGAGCAAGGAAAGCCUCAGAGUCAGACCCCAGAUCAGCCAUCUGCUCGACGCAGAUCGUCGAGGGUUCCUCCAAAGACGGUGGAAAGAUACAGCGAUAUUCCCAGGGAGAAGCAAUAUGCCAGGUCACUAGCCGAGUCUCGAAACUCCCACGUCGACCCAGCGCCGGAAGACAACCAUCAGCCGGGAGAACGACCUGAGCCAGCUACAGUGUCGCCUCUUCCCUCGCCUUCGAAGAGCACUCUGUCACUGUCGCCGCAAUCAUCUGACGCCGAGAAUCAGCCACCGUCCCUGAAACCGUCUGUGAACCGGGCGCCAGUAGCGUCACCCUCCAAGCAGGUUCGAAUUCCACUUGCGGCCAGCACUCCUUCCCCCUCCAAGCGAGGGGCGAAUACAAAUUCCCUGAAGACAUCCCAUCCGUGGACUCCCAUUGACAUUGAUGGAAUAAUUCUGGCUGGAGGUGACAAAGAGAACAUCGACUUUGGCGGUUUACAUAGUGGCAAGGGUGACUUGACAAGCCCCGAGAAGAAGAUGACCGUCGAGGAAUGGAUCAAGUGGAACGCAAAGAACGGAGAGGAGAAACUCAAGCAGGAGUGCGAGAGGCUAGUCAGCCAGUUCGAACGAGAGGGUGCUCGAGCUAUGCGGGUCUUGGAAGGCAUAGAAUGCAUAGAUUGAGUGGAUCACUUGGGUAUCAUCGGUUAGGAGUAUGCGGGUCGGGUAAUGGGCAUUGGAUAGGUACUUGGGUUCAUCUUGUUUUUCAGUGGUACAAUAUUUUCGCCGCAAUCUCUGUUGAUAACGGUGCAGUCGGUAUAUGCUUAUGGGAUUUCUGCGCUUUCUCAUGCGACAAUGAUAUUCUCCUUGUUUGGAUAAACGGAAGUCUGCGAAUAAUA